CUGAUUUUGUGUUUUCAGGUUUCUAAAGAAUAUGGGGGUGAAGAUCAUAUUGACUUGUGGACUCUUAAUGUUAUUUCUAAAGGGUUCUUUCAAUGGAACAGUUAGAGAUAACCAUGUGGAACUCCUGGAUAAAGUUGAGGUCUGGAGAGGCUCCUGUGCCAUGCUACCAUGCAAGUACAAACCGAAAGAACCCUUUGACAAAUUUAUAUGGUACUAUAACGCAACAUAUGAUAUUAUUAAUAGAGAGUUUAAUGGGACGACCGUCUACAACAGCAAGGAUGAGAAUGAUGCGGACCCUUCGUUUGCUGGACGAGUGCAGUAUGUGGGGAAGUCCGACACGGACUGCACCAUAGUAAUAAAAAAUAUUCAGAAAGAGGAUGAAGGCACUUACAAUCUGAGGCUGUUGAGUAAGAAUAAAGAUUUUAAGUGGAUGUCAAAAACAUUAACCAUGACAGUAUCUGAUAUUGGGACGACCUUAAAAAUCGACCCUCUGCCAGAAAUAAGAGAGUCGGAAAAUGUUACUUUAACGUGUUCAAUAAGUUACUACUGUCCUUUCAACAACAUUAGUCUCUAUUGGGUUGAAGACGUAAACGGUACCAGCACAAUAGAUAUCAGAAGUGACACUAGUGAAGUACGAACCGCGAGCACCUUGAUGUUCCGCCCAUCGCGGAGAGACAAUGAGAAGAACAUCACAUGUGUCCUUAAUGGAGAUGACGGAGAAUCUGAUAAUACAACAGUCCAGCUCAAUGUCAUGUAUGCUCCUGACAAACCAGAUAUUAAGAAAUAUGGGGAACCCGUAGAAGGAAAGGAUAUCACACUGGAAUGUUCUACCAAAGCAAAUCCCCCGGUCUCCCUCUAUGUCUGGUACAAGGAUGGGGACGAGCGCUAUAAUCACACCGGUAAUCAGUUCACAAUCUACAAUAUAAAGGAAGACCAUUCCGGAUCUUACACAUGUUUGGCUCGUAACAAGCUGGGAGAAGCAAAGUCCUAUAAUCUAGAUCUGAAUGUGAUGUAUGCUCCCAGGUACCCAAAGGUUGUAUUAGAUCUAGAUAGACCAACAUUUACUGAAGAAGACAAGAUCGUAUUUGUUGAAGGAGACAAUGUCACCAUUCGAUGCGACGUCACCAGCAGCAACCCAAACGUGACCAACAUUAUAUGGUACAAGAACGGAAAGAGCAUUCAAAAAAAUGUCACUCAACCUAUAAAGGCAGAAGAUGCUGGGAAUUAUACCUGUGAAGCUGAAAAUUCUGUGGGACGUACUAGGUCACCGGAGGUUAUGGUGGACAUUCAUUACCCUCCUAAAGGUGUAGACCUGGUCCUUGGGGUUUCAAGCAAAUCUUUCAGAGAAAAUGAAAUGGUCAGCUUAAGAUGUUUACCAAAUACAAGCAAGCCGGAAUCCAGCAGAUACGAGUGGUACAAAGAUGGAGUUCUGCUCAGAAACUCAACCGAUGAUAUUAUGGUUCUGAAGUUAGAAUGGACCCAUACUGGACAGUACUCGUGUAACGCCCUAAAUGCCAUCGGGCCUGGCAAAUCACCAAAGAGACGUAUUGAUGUCCAAUAUGCUCCAAGGUUGCCAAUGGUAGUCCUAGAGCUAAAUAGAACAUUUUCUGAAGAAGACAAGAUCAUUUUUGUUGAAGGAGACAAGGUCCUGUUUCGGUGCGAUGUCAACAGCAGCAACCCAAAAGUGACCGACAUUAUAUGGUACAAGAACGGAAAUAAGAUUCAAAAAUUUAGUGAAUCUUUAAAGGCAGAAGAUGCUGGGAAUUAUACCUGUGAAGCUGAAAAUUCUGUGGGACGUACUAGGUCACCGGAGGUUAUGGUGGACAUUCAUUAUGCUCCGAAAAAUGUAACUCUGAUUGCCAUCCCCGGAGAUCAUGUAAUUGAACACAUGGACGUGACAUUACAGUGCACCAGCAAAGGCAAAUCAACUCCAAUUAAUUAUGAAUUUUAUCUGAACAAUGUCUCUUUGAGCGCGGAUAAUGACUCGUUUGAGCUGAAAAAUGUACAAAUAAAAGACACUGGGGAGUAUUCUUGCUUGGCAAGCAAUUUUGUUGGUGAGAGGAGAUCGAAUGUAGUCUUUCUACAUGUGUCAAACAGUCCGGCUACUAUAGGAAAGUUUGCAUCCUUGGGGGCCUUUUCCUUCAUCAGCCUAUUAAUGCUCAUCAUUCUGAUUGUUCGAUUCAGAGUACGCAUCAGGAAUGCACUUUGUAGAAGAACGGUUGAUGACAAAAGCGAAUCUUCAUUUUUCGUUUUGAAGAAGUAUGAGAACAUUGCCUCGUCAGGAGGAACACAUGAAGACUCCCGGGAUGGGACCUCCUACUCCAUCAGCGCUAAUUUAAGUGAAAAGGACAAAGGACGGGAGCGUGACCCCGAGGAAUCGCUGACGCGGAGCUUCCAGAAAGUUCAGGGAAACAGGUUUAUGACGAAUAUGAAGGUCAAAGUUAUAUGGACUUGUGGGCUCCUAAUAUUAUUUCUUAAAGGUUGUUUCAAUAGAUCGGUUAAAGAUGAGUAUGUGGAACUCCUGGAGAGAGUUGAGGUCUGGAAAGGUUCCUGCACGAUGCUACCAUGCAAGUAUAUGCCAAAAAGCACCCAUGACAGAUUUAUAUGGUACUAUAACGCAACGUAUGAUGACAAGAUCCGGGGGUUUAAUGGGACGAUUGUCUACAACAGCACAGAUGGGAAUGACGCGGACCCUUUGUUUGCUGGACGAGUGCAGUAUGUGGGGAAGUCCGACACGGACUGCACCAUAGUAAUAAGAAAUAUUCAGAAAGAAGAUAAAGGCACUUACCAUCUGAGGCUGCUCGGGAAAACACAUAAGUGGAUGUCAAAACAUCCGGUAACCAUUGCAGUAUCUGAUAUUGGGUCAACCUUAAGAUUUCACCCUCUACCGGAAAUAAGAGAGUCGGAAGCUGUUACUUUAUCCUGUUCAAUAAGUUAUUACUGUCCUUCCAACAUUAGUUUCUAUUGGAUUGAAGACGUAAACGGUACCAGUGCAACAGAUUUCAAAAGUGACACUAGUGAAGUCCGAACCACGAGCAGCUUGAUGUUCCGCCCAUCGUGGAGAGACAAUAAGAAGAACAUCACAUGUGUUCUUCACCGAGAUGACGGAGAAUCUGAUAACAAAACAGUCCAACUCAAUGUCACGUAUGCCCCCAAAAAUGUUCUGAUUUUUUCUAACGCCACUAUAGAAAUACUAAGAGGGAAGUCAACGACCUUGACUUGUUCUGUUGAAAGCAGCAAUCCGCCAGAUUAUGACAUCACAUGGUUCAAAGAGCCGCAGGAACAGCAAAAGGCCACAAAAGGAAGUGCCAGCCAAUUGGAAGUCACUAAACCAGGAAAAUAUUUCUGUCGCGCAAAAAACAAAAUUGACGGGACAAAAUCAAACUCGGUGGAAGUAUCCGUCCUGUAUGCUCCUGACAAACCAGCUAUUAAGAAAUAUGGGGAACCCGUAGAAGGAAAGGAUAUCACACUGGAAUGUUCUACCAAAGCAAAUCCCCCGGUCUCCCUCUAUGUCUGGUACAAGGAUGGGGAUGAGCGCUAUAAUCACACCGGUAAUCAGUUCACAAUCUAUAAUAUAAAGGAAGACCAUUCCGGAUCUUACACAUGUUUGGCUCGUAACAAGCUGGGAGAAGCAAAGUCUGACAAGCUGGAUCUGAAUGUGAUGUAUGCUCCCAGGUACCCAAGAGUAGUCCUAGAGCUAGAUAGACCCACAUUUGCUGAAGACGACAAGAUCGUAUUUGUUGAAGACAAAGCCAAGUUUGUUGAAGGAGAAAAGGUCAUUUUUCGAUGCAAAGUCAACAGCAGCAACCCAGACGUGACCAACAUUAUAUGGUAUAAGGAUGGAAAGAUAAGUAGAAAAAAUUUGGAUCAACCUAUAACGGCAGAAGAUGCUGGGGAUUAUACCUGUGGAGCUGUAAAUUCUGUAGGACGUACAAUGUCACCGAAGAUUACCAUGGACAUUCAUUACCCUCCUAAAGGUGUAGACCUGGUCCUUGAUGUUUCAAGCAAAUCUUUCAAAGAAAAUGAAAUUGUCAAAUUAAGAUGUUUAUCGAAAACAAGCAAGCCGCAAUCCAGCAGAUACGAGUGGUACAAAGAUGGAGUUCUGCUCAGAAACUCAACAUAUGAUAUUAUGGUGUUGAAGUUAGAAUGGACCCAUACUGGACAGUACUCGUGUAAAGCCCUAAAUGCCAUCGGGCCUGGCGAAUCACCGAAGAGACGUAUUGAUGUCCAAUAUGCUCCGAAAAAUGUAACGCUGACUGUCAUCCCCGGAGAUCACGUAACUGAACACAUGGAUGUGACGUUGACGUGCACCAGCAGGGCCAACCCAACUAACAUUUAUUAUGAAUUUUAUCUGAACAGUGUGUAUUUGGGCAGUAAUGGUGACUUUUUUGAGCUGAAAGACGUACAAAUAGAAAACAUCGGGGAGUAUUCUUGCUCGGCAAAAAAUUUGGUUGGUGAGAAGGGAUCGAAUGUUGUCUUUCUACAUGUGUCAUACAGUCCGGCUACUAUAGGGAAGUUUGCAUCCAUUGCGGCCUCUACCUUCAUCAUCCUAUUAACUCUCAUCAUUCUGAUUGUUCGAUUCAGAGUCAGCAUCAGGAAUGCAUUUCGAAGAAGAUCGGUUGAUGACAAAAGCGAGUCUUCAUUUUUUGUUAUGAAAAAGAAGGACGAAGCCAUCAUUGUUCAGCCAUCAUCCAGAUUACACAGAGAGUCAGCUGACAACAUUGGACAUCCCAACCCCUCCAUCCACAGCUCCACCGAUCAACUCAAUUACUCCAGAGUGAAUUUUCCCACUCCAUCCAAGAGACAGAGCAACCUUUCCAGUGCCGCGGCAGAUAAUGACAUCACCACAAUUUACAGCGUUGUCAAGAAAGUGCCCAAUGCACACGAGUAUGAGAACAUUGCCUCGUCAGAGAUUGCCCAUGAAGACUCCCAGGAUGAAAUCCAUUACUCCGUCAUUGCUAAUUUAAAUAGAAAGGACAAAGAACGGGAGCGUGACCCCGAGGUGGAAUACGCCAAGCUGAGACAUUCAUGAAGCGCGUUAUGGAUUGCUUUCAGAAUAUUGUGUUAAAGGGUCAGUUCACUGACCGAUGGGGCCUACACACGAUCGGUUUGGACCGAUGAAAAGGUCCUUCAGUCCGUUUUCAUCUGUUCUGACCGAUCGUGUGUAUGCGGCCUUAGAGAGGCUUGUGCAUGGAUCUGAGCAUUAUUAGUAAAUGAGUACUCUGCUACAAAAAUUCCCCACUUGUCAUCGGAAUAGGUGUCCUGGUAUAUUUACUCUUCCCCUCUGUUCUGGUGACAACAUGAACAUUUUUGGAUUUUCCACCACUUCCUGUUUAGGUGAAAACGGCCACCAGAACAAAGAGAGAGGGUGAAUCCACACUGCAGGGAUACAGGAAAUUAUAAAAGACUGACAGGGGUUCCAACCCUUCCCUACUCUGUCCAAAGAUAAAAAAAAGGUCUGUACAUUUACUCCCUCAUUUCAUUGAACCGACCCUGACUAUUUUAUUUGUCAUGAUUACAUUAAAGAAACAUUAGCUUGAGUAUAACUUACCUCUAUUAGAAAAAAAAAUGCUAUUACCCCCUUGUUUUUUUUUUACUAUUACAUGUGUGUAUUUAUUGGUGUGAGUAUAUAAGCGUGUGAUGCUUUUUUUUGUAUUACAAUUUUAUAUUUGAAACAUUUAACUUUUUUGUCUA